CUAGAUAAACGGUAAGAAAAUCUGAAAGGAAAGAAAAGAGCGAAGCAGGAGAGAGAGAGAGAGAGAGAGAGAGAGAGAGAGAGAGAGAGAGAGAGAGAGAGAAUGGGGCAGGAGGAAGAGGAAGCCACAGUUGCAGUAGAGGAAGAAGAAGAUGAAGAAGGGAGGAGGGAAAAGUCGGAGGAAAUACGGAACCAGAGGAAGCAGAAUCUGAUUAUGGAAAUCUCGUCGAAGCUCAUCCAUGGCGAUCUGGAGGCCAAGAUUGAAGCCGCCAGAGACAUCCGACGGCUGGUCAGGAGGUCUGCAACUACAAUUUCUUCUUCUUCGUGUUAUUCUUUGUCUUAUUCGUCUUCUCCUUGUUCUUCCUCGUCGUCUUCGUCUUGCAAGACCCGCUCGAAGUUGGGAGCUGCGGGUGUGAUUCAGCCUCUGGUUCUGAUGCUCGUCUCUCCCAAUCCUGAUGCUCGCGAAGCCUCUCUCCUCGCUCUCCUCAAUCUCGCUGUUCGCGACGAACUAAACAAGGUGAAGAUAGUGACAGCUGGAGCCAUUCCUCCUCUUGUAGACCUCUUGAGGUUCCAAAAUGGGAGUCUAAGGGAAUUAGCCACAGCAGCUAUUUUAACCCUCUCAGCUGCUGCGACGAACAAGCCAACUAUUGCAGCCUCUGGAGCCGCACCUCUCCUGGUUCAGAUUCUCAGCUCUGGUAGUGUUCAAGGAAGAGUUGAUGCUGUCACAGCUUUGCACAAUCUCUCUACCUGCAAAGAGAACUCAUUUCCAAUUAUUGAUGCUAGAGCCGUUCCUCCUCUUAUUAACCUUCUCAAAGAAUGCAAGAAGAAGUACUCUAAAUUUGCUGAAAAGGCCACAGCUCUACUGGAGAUCCUAUCAAACUCUGAAGAAGGGCAAGUUGCAAUCUCGAACUCAGAUGGUGGGAUAUUGGCACUAGUAGAGACUGUUGAAGAUGGAUCCCUUGUCAGCACAGAACACGCAGUUGGAGCGUUGCUUUCAUUAUGCCGGAGCUCCCGGGAUAAAUAUCGGGAACUCAUUCUCAAAGAAGGCGCAAUCCCAGGCCUUCUGCGUUUGACAGUAGAGGGCACAGUAGAAGCCCAAGAGAGAGCUCGCACCCUUCUUGAUUUGCUUAGGGAUAAACCUGAGCAGAAGGGACUGACAUCCUCCGUUUUAGAGAAAAUAGUUUACGACAUUGCUACGAGGGUUGAUGGAGCAGAUAAGGCUGCAGAAACCGCCAAGAGGCUUCUGCAAGACAUGGUUCAAAGAAGUAUGGAGCACAGCAUGAGUAGGAUUCAGCAUAGAGCUGCAUCUUGUACGCCUUCCAAUAUUUCAUCUUCAUGAUAAUACCCACUUCGGCUUUGAAUGCGAGAAAACUGGGUAGAGUUUUGUACUGAAUCCGUGUUUUGUUUGGCCAGUUAAAAA